CCAACUGAUAGAGGAAACAAUGGUUAUGAGAACUGUGGGUAUUUGAAUAAGAAUCUUAACUGGACAGAUACUAUGUGCCAUCAUGAAAGACCUUUCCUCUGUUAUGAUGAAACUAAUAGAACCCAGAAAUACCACUUGAUUAGAGAGGAGAAGACCUGGCAGGAAGCUUAGAGUUACUGCAGAGAGAAACACACAGACCUGAUCAGUGGAAUGAAGCAGCUACAGGAUGGAGAACUGGAGGAAGUGAUGAAGUCUGUGGUAGAUGGGACAUACAUAUAUUUUGGUCUGUUCAGAGACACCUGGAGGUGGUCAGAUGGAAGCAGUUUCUCUUUCAGACACUGGAAUAAAUGGUCAAUUAAUGAGGGAACCAACAGUGGUCGAUGUGCCCUGGCUGGGAUUGAUGAUGAAGGCAGAUGGAAGAAUGACAGCUGUGAUCAGAAAAAACCCUUCAUCUGUUAUAAUGAUAAAGUGAUCCUGAUCAAAGAAAAUAAAACCUGGGAGGAUGCCUUAUACUACUGCAGAGAUCACUACCAUGACCUGGUCACCAUCACCAGCCUGGAUGAGCAGAGAUUGGUCCAGGAGAAAGCCAAGAAGGCCUCGACUGAUUAUGGUUGGAUGGGACUGCGCUACAACUGCUUGAUGAAGGCCUGGUUCUGGGUCUGUAAGGAGAACUGGGGCAGCAAUCAGAGCCCGGCCUCAGAAAGAUGGAAGAAUGACUGUGACAUGUCUGGAGCCAUGGAUGCAGGAGGACAACAUAAGUGGUUCCAGAGAAAUCCCUCAGAGGAACUGAAUUUCAUUUGUUCUAAGAAUUAAAGCUCAAUUUGAUCUCUGGUGUCAUAGUCUCAAAAGCUAAUCGUGGUGG